AUGGGUCCACUAAUUGGAAUCAUUUUCCUGGCUGCUUUGCUACAUCAAUCUGCUGGAGAGAGUAGACGUUUGGAGUACUCUUACUCUAGUCAUUCUACGGCUCAAACCCGCCGACUGAUUAUUGACCAACACAAUGAAAUACGGAGAUCUGUCGUUCCUCCAGCCAGCAACAUGCUGAAGAUGGAGUGGAGUGACAAAGCUGCUGCCAGUGCUCGGAGAUGGGCAAAUAAGUGUCAACUGAAGACCAGUCCUCCGGAGGAGAGACUUUUUAAUGGUGUCCCCUGUGGUGAGAACAUAUUGGUGUCAAAUUACCCCAACACAUGGCCUGAAGCGAUUAAAAUAUGGUAUAGUCAGAUGGCCAAUUUCAAGUAUGGGCUUGGACCAGUCAGAAGAAAUGCCAAUAUCCACAGUUACACUCAGCUAAUCUGGUAUAACAGCUACCAGAUUGGAUGUGCAGUUGCCUACUGUCCUAACAGCCGAUACAACUACUUCUAUGUUUGCCAUUACAGCCCUGCAGGAAAUAACCCACUGCAAAUAACUACACCUUACAAAAAAGGACCAAGAUGCGGCGAAUGUCUAGGCCACUGUGACCGUGGGCUUUGCAUUCAAACGGCGCCGCGACCUGGUUUAGGGACGGCACGGCGACCACCCCCAGGCCACUCGGACCAUCAGCUCGCUGACACCAAUGUGGUGGACGCCAACCCCUGCCGGCAUCAAGAUCUUCUCGCAAACUGUGCAAACCUGAGAACCUUGUUUGGCUGUGAGGUCCCAAUG